CUGCCAAUCUCAUGCAACAAUGCAACAGAUGUAAAAGAAAUCUGACCAUUUUAAUUGGCUAGCCUUGAGAGCCGAACGCGGCGAUUAGCGCCACUGACUUGCAUGGCGGGGGAGCGGCGGAGGCCGACUAUGGCGUGGGGCAUCCGUAAAUUUGCUUCACUUGCGCGAGGUGGCCUAUUUCUGGCCGUUUGUUUUUUCACCUGGCGAUUCCAGGAUCCUCUCAUUUGGGAUUCGUGCCCAGGACGAUUUGUAUUGGAUUUUCCCUUCGUAGGUGAUUGGCAUCAAGGUGCGUCCUUACGGCGUGUAUCAACGGGCUGUACCGCUAAAUUUGGGUAUUGACGUCUGCGACAGCUUCGGAUUGAGUCAAUACGAGAUUCUUAAUUGGCGCAACUCCCCAUCCUUGGUUGUCAUCACUCAA